AAAUUUGGAGGUUGGGUAUCGCUAUUGUAAUUACUUUUAGUUGAAAAGCUUGGCAGCUGUGAAGUACUUGUUCAACGUCCAAUAAAAAGGAAAGGUAAACGUCACUGAUAAGACGAAAACAGUUGGAUUUGAACUCGAAAACGUUGGGUGUUGUCUUACUUAUAUCGCAAAUACCAAUGGAUCAAAUUGAUAUCAAUGUUGUCAAGGAGCCGAGAGGUUUUCUCCGGGUUCUACAAUUUGUAUUUGCAAUAUGCGCCUUUGCAACGACAACAAACUUUGGGAGCUCCUUUAGCUUUAUUGUUAGAUGCAAAAAUGAAACGAUGGGAACUCAAAAAAUCACACAAUCUAUUGAAUAUCCGUUCAGGUUUGAUCACAUAAUAGUAGAAGAAAAAGCUUGUGGUAACAACUAUGUGUUUUCAUACUUUGGAGAUUACUCAUCUGAUGCUGAGUUUUUUGUUGCUGCUGGAGUUCUGGCUAUGCUUUACUCACUUGCAUCCCUGGUAUUCUAUUGCCUUUGUGGCAGCAGCUAUCAAAACAACAAAACCAUUCCACUUGUGGAUUUUCUAGUUACAAUGGUGAUUGCAGUGUUCUGGCUGUCAGGCAGUGCUGCAUGGGCUUCUGGAGUAUCUGCUGUCAAGUAUGUCUCUGAUCCAAGUGGUUGGAUAAAGAAUCUCAAAAUAUGCAUGGAAAACGCGGAAUGUUCUUCUCUGUACGCCGGAAACUUCGCUGGACUCAACAUUUCUAUCAUCUUUGGAUUUUUGAAUUUUUUCCUCUGGACAGUGAAUUUGUGGUUUCUCUACAAAGAAACAUCCUGGUUCCAGCAAGAUAAUGCGUCAACCACUGGACCAGGCGGACAAACUCCCAUCUAACAUGUGAAUCAGACUUAUUCAAUUGCAUGAGGGAAGAAGGUCAGUAUUUGUCUCGUUUGUAGUGCGCAUCCCCACGUAUGGUAUUUGUGUAGAAAAGAAAGAUCUGACUCGUUCGACUGGGUAUUUAAGUGCGUUAUUAAGUAAGACAAUACCGCACAUUUUUUUCGCAAUUUGAUUUAUGCAAUCAAUAGCACAUUGCAUCUUUUCUCGCAAUCAUUUUGAAAGAUUUAUUCCAUUAACUCCAAUACACGGAGCAUCGAUUAA